AUGGCGACGCUUGUAGAAUCCGCAGAAAUUACCGAGCCGUUAUGCGGCAGUACCUUGAAGAUGUCGUCCCAGUCUCCCUCCAGUCUCAACUACCGAUUUGAUGACAGCAGAUUUUAUCUGCUGGUGGUGGUCGGCGAGAUUGUCAGCGAGGAGCAUCUGCGGUGUGCCAUUGCGGACAUUGAAAAAGGUAUCCGAUCAUGGGACACCAACCUGAUGGACUGCAACCUGGAUCAGGAGCUCAAGCUCUUCGUCUCCCGCCACUCAGCACGCUUCUCCGCCGACGUCAGAGGCCAAAAGAUUCUGCACCACAAGAGCAACGUGCUGGAGACUGUGGUCCUCAUCAACCCCUCAGAUGAAGCCCUCAACACUGAGGUGCACCUGAUGGUGUCGGACACGGCGCGCCACAAGCUGCUGGUGCUGGCUGGCCAGUGUGUGGAGCGGACCGGGGAACUCAUCCUGCAGUCCGGAUCAUUCUCCUUCUUCAGUUUCAUCGACAUCUUCACCGACCAGGAAAUUGGCGAACUUCUCACUAGCAUCCACCCAGCUAACAAGGCAAACCUCACACUGUUCUGCCCUGAGGAGGGCGAAUGGAAAAACUCCAACCUGGACAAACACAAUCUCCAGGACUUCAUCAACAUGAAGCUGAACACCCCUCUCAUCCUGCCCGAAAUGGAGGGCCUGUCCGAGUUUACCGAAUACCUGUCAGAAUCAGUGGAGAUCCCAACGCCAUUCGACAUCCUCGAGCCCCCAACUUCGGGUGGCUUCCUGAAACUGUCCAAGCCUUGCUGCUACAUCUUCCCCGGAGGCCAUGGCGACGCGGCACUCUUUGCCGUGAAUGGCUUCAACAUGCUGGUGAAUGGAGGCUCGGAAAGGAGAUCCUGCUUCUGGAAACUGGUGCGCCAUCUUGACCGUGUGGACUCAAUCCUCCUGACUCACGUCGGAGAUGACAACCUGCCUGGCAUCAACAGCAUGCUUCAGAGGAAAAUCUCAGAGAUAGAGGAGGAGCAAUCUCAGGGGUCCUCAGGCAACGGCGAUUGGCAGAAAAACAUGAUUUCGCCAGACAUAGGGAUCGUGUUUCUCAACAUGCCAGAGAGCCUGGAAAAACCAGAGCCAAACCUUCGGGUGCGGAGGAAUAUUGAUGAAGCCACAACUACUCUUCAUUAUCUGAAAAAGUUGUCACUGACCCCAGAACCUCUACAGCGAGGUACAGGAAACACGAUUGAACCCAUCAUACUCUUUCAGAAAAUGGGGGUUGGAAAGUUGGAGAUGUAUGUCCUUAAUCCAGCGAAGAACAGCAAGGAGAUGCAACACUUUAUGAAACAAUGGACAGGCAGCGAGAAAGACGUGGCCUCAAUACUGCUACCCAGUGAAAAAGAGUCAGAGCUUCCUGUCUCUUACUUAUCCUCCAUCUCCUCACUGAUUGUGUGGCAUCCAGCUAACCCGACAGAGAAGAUUGUGCGUGUGCUGUUUCCGGGCAAUGCCAGGCAAAAUCAAAUUCUAGAAGGACUGGAGAAGUUGAAACAUUUGGACUUCUUGAAGCAACCUAUUGUGACACGAAAAGAGCUUUCAGCAAGUAUGGCACCAGCUCUUCAGCAAGCAAAGUUGAAGCAUAAAACUGAUAGCAAAGAGAGUCUCAAGUCAAUCUCAAAGCCAGCCACAAGCAAAGUGCUGAAGAAGCAGUCUAAAGAUGAGACACCAGUAGAGAGGACAAAGACAGCUGUAGAGUCACGUGAUGAACAUGUGCAACAAAAAGAAAAAACACCAAUGAAAAAAGAGAAGCCAAAACCUCAAGAGGCAGCAAGAGCUGAACAGACUCCAGAGAAAAAGAAAGCAGACAUUAAACCAAAAUCUGCUGUCAAGGAAAAGGUUGUCAAGAAAGAGCCCAAAAAAUCAGUUGAGAAGAAAACUGAUGAAAAAGAUGUGAAAGAUGCUGCUGAUAAGAAGGAAGAAAAGAAAAAAGAGGAGAAAGCCACACCAAAGAAAGAGGUGAAAAAGAAGGAGGUGAAAAAAGAUGAAGUUAAGAAGGAGGUCAAAAAAGACGUAAAGAAAGAUUUGAGGAAAGACUCUCCAAUGAAGGCCAGCAAAAAGGAGGACAAGAAAGAAGUAAAGAAAGAGGAUAAAGAUCACAAAAAAGAUGUUUCAAAGCCUACCAGUCUGAAAAAGACUGCCGCCUCUUCAGCUGACGCAAAGAAAGCUGCACCAAAACCAAAGCCACUGAAAAAAGAUGAUGCUUCAAAGAAGGACGGAAGCCCUCUGAAGUCCAAGGAGAAAGGCAAGGUCAAGGCCACCAAGAAGGAGAAGACAACAAGCGAGGCCAAAACGGGAGCUGCCGCAGCAGCAGCUGCUGCUGCUGUAGGUGUUGCAGCUGGUCUGAAGGCAGCUGAUGCCCUGGAAGAGGAAAGGUCUCUUAUGUCAUCUCCAGAGGACCUGACUAAAGACUUUGAGGUGCUCAAAGCAGAGGAAAUCAUUGAAGACGAAGAGGCUCUGCCACAGACUCAUGUCGAGGACACUGACUCAGCUGUGUUAGUGCAACGUGAAGAAAUUUUGCUCGCCAAGGAGUCCCCAGAUACUGGUGAGUCUGUGGACGAGGGCAUAACGACCACAGAACCGGAAGGGGAGAGUGGAGAGACUCCAGAUGAGGCGGAACCAAAGGGGAAAGUCAGCAGCACCACGAGUGAGAAGCUUGAAGAUGAAGGAACAGGUCUUGAGGAAUCAUCUGACGCUGCAGACGUUGAGGAAUCAGAAGAGGAGGAUCAAAGAAUUAAAGAGAUUAAGUCAGGGGUGACAACAAAGGAGGAGGUCGCGAAGAAACCGGACAGUCCAAAGGUGUGCUCCCCUGUUUCUCCUGCUGCUUCAAUUCAUGAUGACUUUGGAGAAGGCCCUGGCAGUGCACGUACCUCAGAUGAUGAGAACCGAGACUACCCUUCACAACAAAGCAGGUCUGGGUUGAAAAUCAAGAUGGAACCACCAAAGCAGCGGGAAAAUCUGUUCACCUCUACUUCACCAAGGGUGUGCUCCCCCAUUUCUCCCGCUGCCUCAAUUCACGAUGAAUACCUUCCAGAAGGCUCUGGCAGUGAGCCCGCUUCAGAUGAUGAAAACCGAGAAUACACAACUUCAGGACAUACCAUGUCCACCAUGGACAUCUCCAGUGUGCCAACACCCAUGGAUGAAAUGUCAACUCCGAGAGACAUCAUGAGUGAGGAGACAACAAACGAUGAAUCUGAAUCUCCUUCACAGGACAUGGCUAAGUUUGGCGGGGCAAAGUUGGCCAGUGAGUUUGAGAGGAAGAAGCUUCCAAAACUUUUCGAUGGGCAUGAAUCAGACAAGAGUGAACCCACAGAAGGUGAAGACUAUCCUGCCUCAGCCUCGACAAUCUCUCCCACGUCCUCCGUGGAAGAAGACAAAGUUGCCCAGUUUUUUGAGGAGGAACAGGAUGGGUUCAAGUCACCUGUAGACAGGAGCAAAUUUAGCCUCCAUACUUCGAGGCUGAAUUUUGACUCUGCACUCGGGCCGAUAGUGAGAUCGCCAUCUGGUGACAAGAAUGUAAACAUGACCUUCAUCACCUCAGGAAUUGCUUCUCCUAUUGAAUUAGGUACUACCCUUGCUGGGGUAGUAGAGUUUGGUGAGAGUGUACUGAGUCCAGAUGAAAAGACCCUGGAAGGGACCUCUUCACCACAGUCUGCUGGACACACUCCAUACUACCAGUCUCCCUCAGAGGAGAAAGGGGGAACCAUUAUUUCUGAUGCAGGAGCCAAAAAGGAUGGACCAUUGAUUGUGGAAGUCACAAGUGACAAAGAGGACUCCAAGACACAUAGCCCUGUGGAUGGACCAGUUCUUAAGGCAAGGUCUCCAGUAGACAAAUCACCAAUGGAGAAAUCGGCCUCUCCUAUGGGUAGUCCAACAACCUCUGAAGCAGAAUCUCCAACCAAAGGAGGAAAAGGAGGGAAGGGGUUGCCAUUUAAAGAAGAGAGCAAAAUGUCAAUUUCCUCUGACAAGUCAGCAACUGCAUUUGACGACGCUGUCGCAGAGGAUACAUUCUCCCACGUUGCAUCUGUUUCAACUUCCUUGGCGACCAGCUCUCUUCCAGAGCCUACAACCGACGAUGUCUCACCAUCUCUGCAUGCCGAGGUAGGCUCCCCCCACUCAACAGAAGUGGAUGACUCCCUCUCCGUCUCUGUAGGCCAAGCAACUGCUUUCCAAGAAACUGAGGUCUCUCCCUCUAAGGACGACAUCCCAAGGCCAAUGUCCAUCUCCCCAGACACCUCACCCAAAAUGGCCAAGGGCAAAAUGUCACUGCAGGAGCCCAAGUCUCCUGAGCAGUCCACUGCACAGCUGUCCCAGGCCUCACCAGAUCACUCUAUGGCCUCUGACUUCAGCAAGCAGUCCCCACAGCACCCCUCCACACCAGGCACUCUUGGGGCCACUGAAAAUGGACCCACAGAGGUCGACUGUAGCCCCUCAGCAGAGAAGCCUUGGCUUUUUAAAGAAGACAAAGACUUCACUCGCGCUGGCUCAGCGUCCCCAUCCGAGGCCUCCCAGUCCACUCCCUCCGUCACGACUCCUUGUCAGUUUGGGGGACCUAGCCACAUUUCUCCAAGUGCACCACCUUUGUCAGACCCUCCUACACCCAAAGCAUCCUCCCUCACACACUCUCCUGUUUCCCCAGAUACUUCAGUGAUUUUGGGCAACACCAAUCUCGCCAAGGAGACUAAUCCCUUUAAAUGUGAGUCCACAUCUCCAGUCAGUCCCAAAGCACCUUCAUUUGACAAGUCACCAACGUCUCCAUGUUGUGGCGCCUCAAGCUUUGAUUCCAGAGAUCCAGACAGCUCCAAGAAAACCACGUGUGGCCCAUCCAGGACCGAUGUCGAUCUGUGCCUGGUGAAAUCCUGUGAAUACAAGCACCCAAAGACAGAGCUGUCACCGUCUUUCAUCAAUCCAAAUCCACUCGAGUACUUCAUGAAUGAGGAGAACGCAGCGCAGGAGGAGGAGAAGCCUCUGACCAAGUCCGGAGGUGGUCCUCCUCCCCCUGGAGGGAAACACCAUGGCAAACAGUGUGAGGAAACCCCUCCCACAUCGGUGAGUGAAUCCGCUCCCUCUCAAACAGACUCUGAUGUUCCCCCCGGCACGGAGGAAUGUCCAUCCAUUACGGCUGAUGCCAACAUAGACUCAGAGGAUGACUCUGAGACACUGCCCACUGAUAAGACCCUCCUGUAUCGUCAUGCCGACCCUCCCCCGGCAACUGCCCGUGAUGCCGCUCCGUCCCCGCCCCAUCCUGACGUCUGCAUGGUGGACCCAGACGCCUUGGCAACAGAGGCGAGCAACCAGGUCAAGGAUGAAACGAAAGAGGCGGAGGGAGAAAAGCCCAAAAAGAAAAAGACAGGCACAGGCAAGAAGUCUGCAUCGCCAGCAAGAAAGAGUGGCCUUUCGAAGUCAAGUGCACUGAAGGAGACGAAGGCUGCAGCAUCCCCGAAAAAGAGUGGUGGCACUAAAGGAGAGGGAAAGGAUGCAAAGAAUGCCACAAACACUUCAGCCUCCCGCGGUGCGAAAAAUGCAACUUCAGGGAGUGGCAAAGCCCCCAGUCUGCCCUCAGUUCCCAACUGCCCCCCAAUGUACAUGGACCUGGUCUACAUCCCAAACCACUGCAGUGCCAAGAAUGUGGACGCCGAGUUCUUCAAGCGCGUCCGCUCUGCGUACUACGUAGUCAGUGGGAACGACCAGGCAGCCCAGGAGCCCAGCAGGGCCGUGCUGGACUCUCUACUGGAGGGGAAAUCACAGUGGGGAAACAACAUGCAGGUGACCCUGAUCCCGACCCACGACUCGGAGGUGAUGAGGGAGUGGUACCAGGACACCCACGAGAAGCAGCAGCAGAUGAACAUCAUGGUCCUGGCCAGCAGCAGCACUGUGGUCAUGCAGGACGAGUCCUUCCCCGCCUGCAAAAUCGAGCUGUGAAAACCCCCAAGGAUGCUACCACCACCUGCUAGCCUGGUGUUGUCACUCACGGGCAGCCCUAUAGCACUGGGUUUUACUGUAGUGGAAAUGCAAAUCAAAACACAAAGUCAAAAAAAUAGUCUCAAUUCCUUCCCAAAUCCAAAUCCAAAUCAAAUCGUAAAACGGUGUGAGGUCAGAAGAUAUCCCAUGUUAUAUUUAUCUCAUUUAACUGGUCAGACACAGAUGCAUUUUAAUUGAACAUGAAUUUAGCAAACUUCGAUUGAACAUACUGUACUGUAUGAAAUAUAUUUCCGAUCAGAGUGAUAAUGAAUGGGCGCAGUAUGUUGGAAAGUGUUUCAGUGAGAUUGUGCCAGGCGGUGAUGUUUACUCUGAAGAAAGCUGAAAAUGUAAAAAAAAGUGUGAGGUGUUGGAGUUCCAUAGUACCUCUCGUUAGCAUCAAUUUGAAAGUUUUAUAACAAUGAUAGACCUGUAAAGAAACUGUGGAGACACUAUUGUUUAACAUCACAGUAUUGUUGAACAGCACAGUGCAUGUGGGUUUGUUUAGACUUGUACAAUGUAUGUUGAAUGUUUUCAAAGAGGCGCAUGUAAAGGAGACAGGGCUAAGGUGAACCCAGUCUAGUUAGCAAAGUAGCUUGAUGAACCACGAAAGCCUGAAGAGGAAGUUAACAAAACGCGGUGUUAGCGCACAGUAGCCUAAAGCUCAUAUCAACAUGAAUGUUAUGUCCAACAGACAAACUAUUCUCAAUAACAGCUCAAUUACUAUAAUAAUAACGGCAACAUAACACUAAUACUAAACAUCCCUCACAACAAUACUGAAAUCUACACACCAAAGGAGGAUGGAUGAUUUUAUUCAAAAUGCCUUAGAAUGUGAAUUGAAUGUACACCAUGAUUGAUGCACUUACUUUGGAGAACAGGUGUGAACUAAACAGAGAUAGAAGAUGAGCAUAAUUCAAAGGCGCUUCCUCGCAGAAUGAGAAAAUGAAAUGAACAAGCCGAAAACAAACAAUGCUCUUCGUUCUGUCGCUGCAGAAUUGCUAUCCACUCGCAAAGGGCCAACCACCGUAUCUAUCUCGAUGCAACACAGUCACUGUGAAAUGACUGAAAUCCCCAAUAUACUCAAAGGCAUCCAAGCAAGAGCCCGUGCCGCUGCAAACAGUAACAUUAAUGUUUUUAUUUGUCAAAAACUACAUUAGAAUGAUGAACAUAAUAAUGAGCUUCCUCAAGUUUAACUGAUGUCAUGCAGGAGCUUAGCCUAGCAACGCUAGCUUGUCACAGACAGGGCAAGAACUAUUUUGGCAUGCACACCUGAGUCCAUAGGUUACUUCAGGUUACCAUGGUGUUUAGCUCCUAGUGUCAUACUUGUCCAUUUUUGUUUUGC